AUGGGCAACUCACUAGGCAUAUUUUGUUCCUGGUUCCGCCGCAGGUUCCGGCCAUGCCAUCGGCAGCCACGCUGUUGGCAUCGUGGUCGUCUUGUCUGUGAGGGCUUCCCAGCUGGCUGGGCUCACCCCACGGCUCCUGCACCUGUGCCUGCCCCUGGAAUCCUGGGCUGUUCCCGAUUCCUUUUCAACCCUCAGCAAUAUCCUGGGCCUUCUUUUCCAGCCAGGUGGGACGGCGCCCCUACGAGGCUGUGUCUUCUCCCUCGGAACUGGGGCACCCCACUGAGGGUCCCGCCUCCUGUGGACUGGAGCCCCCCUUCAAGGAAGAAACCUGUGCUGUCUGCUCACAACUCCAUGAUGUUCGGACACCCCAGCCCCAUGAGGAUCCCUCGUCUCAGACGCAAGUCUGACCUCCAACUGCCUUCAUUAGAUAAGUGGGUGAUCCCAGCCAGGCUCCCGAAGACAGAAGAAGAGCCAGAAGAACCAACAGAAGUGGAUCAGGUAGAGACCCAGGAGGACAAUAAAAGGGGCCCCUGUAGCAAUGGGGAAGCAGCCUCCACCUCUAGGCCCCUGGAGACUCAGGGAAACCUCACUUCCUGCUGGUGCAGUCCCAGGCCCUUGGAGGGAAAUGUCCACCUCAAGAGCGUGACAAAAAAGAACCAGAAUGAGAAGGCCCAGGUGCAUGCAGUGAGUUUCUACCCCAAGGGCCACGGAGUCACCAGCUCACACAGCCCUGCUGGAGGCAUCCUUCCCUUUGGGAAGCCUGACCCAGCUCCAACAGUGCUCCCUGCCCCAGUUCCAACAGUGUUCCCUGCCCCAGUUCCAACAGUGCUCCCUGCUCCAGUUCCAACAGUGCUCCCUGCCCCAGUUCCGGGCUGCUCCCUGUGGCCAAAGAAGGCGGCCUUGAAGAUGCUGGGUAAAGACCACCUGCCCAGCUCUCCAGCGUUGCUAAUGCGGGGGAAGGACAUGCAGCACAAAGAUCCUCCAGCUCUAGGAUCAAGUAGCUCUUCACCACCCAGAGCUGCCGGCCACGAGUCCCGCAAAAGAAAGCAGUCAGGGUCACCACUGCCGCUGCAACCGACCCCUCCCCUGCAACUGAGAUGGGAUAGAGACGAGCUGCCCCCAACCGCUAAGCUUCCCUGCCUAUCUCCUGAGGCACUGUUAGACCUGGGUCAGGCUUCCCAGAGGGAAGGACGCCUCCAGCAGGGCAACAUGGGUAAGAAUAUGAGGGUGUUAAGUAGAACAUCAAAAUCCAGGAGACGAAAACAGCCGCUUGGGAGGAGAAAGAAGACGUGGCAGGGCAGGCGUGGUGGCUCACGCCUGUAA